UUUUAUUAUUUCUGCAAUUUUCGUAGUGCAGUUUAAGAUUUGAUAAGUCACAAGUUACACGUUUUUUUUAUAAAGACUCUCCUCUAGUAAACGUUUAAAACAAAUUCAAGUUGUAUUUCACUGCCUGACCAUAUACAUCCAUAAACAUAUAUAUAUACUUUAUAUAUAUAUAUCUAAAACAUAGAAAAUCAAACAUAAAAAAAGGCAAGAAAACAUGGAACAGACACAAAUUAGCGAUGCCGAGAAAGUGCGUAUUGUGUCCGAUUUUAUACUGCACGCUCCACCCGGUGAAUUCAAUGAGGUAUUUAAUGAUGUCCGGGAAUUAUUAAAAAACGAUGCCUUAUUAAAAGAAGGUGCUAAUCACGCCUUCGCACAAUACAAUAAAGAUCAAUUAACACCAGUUCGCAUUGAGGGCACUGAACAUAAUGCUGUGAUUUCUGAAUAUAAUGAUUUAGGUGGUGGACGCUUCUAUGAUCCUCGCACUAAGCAAUCCUUUAAAUAUGAUCACUUACGCAAAGAGGCAAGCGAUUAUCAAGAUGUGGAACCCGAUGCGAUUGCAGAGUCAUGGAGACAAGCUUUGGAUAUUGAGGCAUUAGCAUACACAACCAGUCAUUAUCGUCAUGGCGUCUGUUCUGUUUUCGGAAAAUCACAGAACGGUCAAAUUGUUCUAACUGUUUGUAUUGAAGAUCAUCAAUUUCAACCGAAAAACUACUGGAAUGGCAGGUGGCGUUCGCAAUGGCAUGUUUCUUUUCAGGCGGGCACUAGUAGCGCUGAACUAAAAGGCGUUUUAAAAGUGCAAGUGCACUAUUAUGAAGAUGGAAAUGUUCAAUUGGUUUCCUCGAAAGAGUGUCGCGAAUCUGUAGUAUUAACGAGCGAACAGCAAAUGGCAAAGGAAGUUGUACGUUUAAUUGAAGAAUCUGAAAAUGAAUAUCAACUGGCUAUAUCCGAAAACUAUCAAACCAUGUCCGACACAACAUUUAAGGCAAUGCGACGCCAGUUGCCUAUUACCCGGACUAAAAUCGAUUGGACAAAAAUUGUUUCAUAUAGUAUCGGUAAAGAACUGAAAACGCAAUAAGGAUUAGAAAUGGCGGUGCAGCCGCAGCCAAUAUAUACGACAACAUCUACACCAACAAAUACACCGAUAACCACUAAAAUGUCUGUAGAAGCAACAACAACAAUAACAUCAUCAUUAUUAAAAAGGCCGACUAGUUUAAGGCUUGUAUAAAGGAAAAAAUUUAAUAGGAAAACCAAAAGGAAACAUUAAGCAUGAAAUUGUUAAG